AGGGAGGUAGGGCCACGCACGGGAGACGGUCGCGAGCAGCGCCAUGGCGGAGUUCAGCAUCGACCAGAGCAACCUCCCCGCCGUCAACGCAGUGUGUCGUCAGUUUGCAGUUCGCGAAGAUCACAGCCUUGCCCACAAUCUUCAGGAACAAGAGAUUGAGCAUCACUUGGCAUCGAACGUGCAGCGAAACCGCUUGGUUCAGAAUGAUCUGCAGGUGGCCAAGAAGCUACAAGAGGAGGAGAAUAGGAAAGCCCAAAUCCGCCUUCAGAGGCACCAGCGAGAAAUGGAGCACCAUGACAAUCAGAUGGCUCAGGUGAUUCAGGACGAGCUGUCUCUGGAAAAUGAGAAAAGACGGCGCCAGGAGGAAAAGGAUGAGGCAAUUGCACGUAAACUCCAAGAGAAGGAGGAAAAACUACGACGGAAACACCAGCAGGCUGUCGACCGUGAACCAUCGGAGGCUGUCUUUGAGGGAAAUGGAGGCCAUGUGAAAAGUAGGGUGCACAAACCUGAUAGAAGCAGCAGGCUUGCCAGUGGCUGCCACAGGGGCAGAGAUACAGGGGACUCCCUGCUGAGGGGAGCAGUGGGAGGAUCGAGUUCAAAGGUUCAAGCCAAUGACUUGGCCCCUGAGCCAGCAACACGUGGCUCCACUGAGAGGCUGCACUGCCCUGAAGCCGACUGUGAAGACAGUCACCCAGACUCUGGAAGACACAAGGUUGAGGGCUUCAGCCCCAAGAAGGAGCCCCCAAUGAGACCACCUCCUCCAGUCAUAAACCCAAGCUCCAGCUACCACGGCAAGGGCGCUCGACCCAAGGUUGUUGGGCCGAGGGACGGGUCCCACAACUCACCCGAUCGUGGAGCUCACCGCCAGAAGCACAGGGACAGAGCAGGGCGUGACUGUAGCCCAGAAGUGCUUGGGGCGUGUGGCUACAAUGCAGAUGAGCUGAGGGGACGACAGGGAGCGGACGGAGAUGGUGGCAAGAGGAGGAAGGCGCGAUCGCGCUCACGGGACCUGCAGCUAAGCGAAGAGGAAUGCUCAGAACAAGGGCUGAAGCCCAGGAUAGAAUAUGGAGUGAAUGACGCCAUGCAUGGGAUCUCGAGAAUGACCACCAAGGACCUGGAGUGGAAGGAUGCAGAACUGGCACGGAAACUUCAGGAGGAAGAAAUCAGGGCUACUCAAAUUUCGGAGAGAGCAGCUCAGUUGGCACAAGACGAGGAGAUUGCUCGGUUACUGACGGAAGACGAGAAGAAGCAGGUCCACAGGAAAUCCAAGGAGAAGGAUUCUGCACGAAGGGCAGAGGAAGACAGGAGGAAAGGUUCAUCUGACUGGAGGAAGCACGAAGUAGAAAGGAAGGUAACUUGCACUGUGCAUGACACCAGCGAGUAUGUCAAGCCCAGGUGGGACGAGCUGGAGUCACCAACGGUGAAGCCCGAACGGCCAGCCAGGCUUCCUGCCCACCGAGCGGGGUCUGAAGACUUGGACCACAGGCUCAGCUCACAGCGUCCUUCACGUCCUGGCCCUAGGUCUGCAGAGUCCUCACAGAAAGUUUCCUAUUACAGGCAAUGAUUGAGAAAAACCGGCACUUGCAUGAACGAAGGGGAUUCAUAUUUUGAGAGUUUCGUCAAUUUAUAUCCAGUGUGGAUUGGGCCAGCAGAACUGGAGAGAUUGCUUCCCUUCGACUCAUCAAAGUGGAGAGAAAACCAUUGGACUUUGGCAUAGCAGACCUUAAUGAGCCAGUAUACAGUUCCGGUAUUGCUUUGCGGAAUAGAAUCUUCAAAUGUAAUGUGUUUGCACAAAUAACUUGAGGGAACUUCUAAAAUAUUUUGUUUUUAAAUUAACAAUGUUAAGUUGUAUUAACUUUUUGUAUAUUUUUUUGUUUCUAACCAUUUAACUGGGCCUUUCAGUUGAUCUCUGCAGUAUUGUGCUCAUCAAUUGGAAUGGCUUGCAUCAGCACCAAAGAUUGGCUCUCGUGAUGGAAGUCUGAUACUUCUCACUCCUCUUGUCCCUCCAGCUCUGCCUCAUGUUGAUGAGGCCAUCAAAUUCUUGGAUUGGUUUCAUUUGACUGAAUGUUUGAGUAAAUUUAUGACUUGAUAUUGGAGGGAUUAACACAUGAUGUGCUGGUGAGAGUUGGUGCUACUGUUAGGAUUCAAUCAAACAGGCUUCGGAGCACAAAAAUCUUUGCUGCAUUGGAUGUAAUUUGGUCCAUUGUGACCUUUGUUAUGUUACAGUAGAAAUGUUACUGCAUGUGUAAUUAAUUGCCAUAUCUCUGCACUUGCUGCCUCAAGAAAUGCAUAUAAUGUUAUUAUAAUCAACACUUUUGCAUAUCUAUAGCAUGUUUAAAAUCCUGCAGUUAAUACUCUUCCCAUCAACAUUGACCCAUUAUAAAUUUCUGUGUCCACAUCUAAAUUUGAAAUUGCCCGCUUAUUCUUGCUGUCAUUGUGGUUCCUAGAGUUGUAGAAGCUGCAGUCUCAGUGGCAAUGGUCUGGUGCAAGUUUGUAAUGUGGCCAUAUUAUUUUAUAAUCACUGCAUAUAAAGGAUCAAAGGAGCUGAUUUUCCAGCCUGAAGACUGCUGGUUGAGUCUACCUGGCUGCAUUCUAAGGGAAGGAUGUAUGAACAGAUUUUGAUUGUGGAUUAGCAAAGACAUCCAAUGGUGUUCUACUGUGUGACUAAUUGGCUCGUUGGAAGAAUGCUUUAUUUGAAAUGCGUUAGGAUCUGCACGACUGGGUUCCUGCCAUGGCCGGUGGCAACUACACAUCAGUCCCCACCUGCACAUUCAGUGGGUGAGACUCCUUCCCCUCGACAGGGCCGUUUCCCAAUCCCAUUUCCAUUGUUGGAUGAGCAGCUCCUCAAGAAAUGCAUAUCAUGCUACUUCACUCUUCCCUCUUGGGUAAUGAAGGACGGGAUGUUCCUCAGUGUGUGGAACAGUCAUGGACGGUGUCCAUUUCCACCCAACCUGAGUCUCCAGGGUAAAUGGGACCAGCCUACUGUCUCCAUGCAGUGAGGGACAAACCACAGGCUCUGUUCAGUUGUUACCUGGGAAAACUUUUGUUCUAAAUAUAGGAUCUGCACAAACUGGUAAUGUUUCAGAGGAAGCCACAGGGCCGCAUCUUCCUCCAGAGAUGCUGCCUGAACCGCUGAGUUAAUCCAGCACUUUGUGUGCUACACAUAUCAGGGGAAAGCAGACUUAAUCCUAACCACCGUCCUGCUGUCCACAAAUUGUCACAAGCCCACCCUUCACCACAGUUAAAAAUGGCUCUCAAACCCAUUAUGAAUCGAAUGACCUUUGCAUAGAUGUGUAGGAAAUAGUUGCGACAUAAUAUGCGACUUUUGUAUGUUCUCUCAGGACCCCACGUGUCCCUGUGAAUGAAGGUGCUGCCUGUCCAGGCAGUGCUGCAUGCUGCAUGUGUGUUUGUGAAGCCAAUGUAAGUCACUGAUGCAUGUUGUGUUGAGGCUGCGUGGUGUAUGUUCGGCAGCUGGUGUGAGCAGAGGCUAUGAGCUCAGGCCGUUCACCUCAGGCACUGACCAGAGUCACUCGCAGUGCUAUGCAAAUCCUUUAGAGACAUGAAACAGCAGAUGGAAUCGUAAGCAACAGGGCAGCCCAGUGGCACAGCUGGUAAAGCUGCCUCCUCACAUCGCCAGAGACCUGGGUUCGAUCCUGACCUCACGUGCGGUCUGUGUGUGGAGUUUGCACGUUCUUCCUGUGAACGUGUGGGUUUCCUCCUGGCGCUCCGGAUUCCUCCUACAUCCCAAAGACGUGCAGCUUUGUAGAUUAAUUGAUUCCCUGUAAAUUGCCCACGGUGUGUAGGGAAUUAAUGUGAAAGUGGGAUAUCGUAGAAGUAUACCCGUGAUUGAUGGUCAGCGUGGACUUGGUGGGCGAAAAACCUUUUUCCAUGCUGUAGCUAUCGAUCAAAAUAUGAAGUGUUGGAGAAACUUGGCAGGUCAGGCAGUAUCUGUGGAAGGAAAUGGGCCUUUAGCCUUUGUCACUUACUCCACCCAUCUGCCAAUCACCACCCCGCUCACCUAUACCCACCUAUCACUUGCCAGGCUUUGUUUCCCACCUCUUUCUUCCAAUUUUCUCCCCCCUACUCCAUCAGUCUGAAGAAGGGUUCCGAUUCAGAACAUCAUCUGUCCAUGCCCACCACAGAUCCUGCCAGACCCGCUGAGUACCUCCAGCACUUUGCAUUUUGCAAAUCUUUUAAUCCAAUCACCCAUGGAAAGCUCGAAGGCUAAACAUGGUAGGAAAACGAGGCACACUUUUCAUGGUACACAGUCUCCAGAUUUAGUUAGCGCCCAGCGUUUCCCUGGGAAAGGGGGAUCCAGUGGGAUAGGAGCCUGCAUUACAGCCACAUUGACGCAGGUACGCGAUCCUGCUAGUUCACUCUGAUCUUCAGGGAAGUUCUGCUCCAUCUUAGAAACAAAGUUAAUUGGAUCCCAAUAUGAACAAUUAACGAUCAAAUGGAUUUAACUGUUCCUGUGUUUCUGUGUGCCCACCCAGUCGGGAGAGACCAAAUUACAUCAAACUGCUCAGAGACUUUCACUCACUUUGGUGCUCAGGCUCUCAUGUGCUCUCGUUACCACCAUGCUGUCCUGUCGAGAUCAGUCAUUGCGUGUCUCUCUUUCUGUGUCCGUCUCUCUUUGUCCGUCUCUCCCUCUCUGCUCUCUUUCUCUGUCUCUCCCUCUCUGUCUGGCUCUCUCUAGAUAGAGAAUAUGUCUGUCACUCUCUCUCUGUGACUGUCUCAGUAUCUGUUUGUCUGUCCCUAUCUCUAUCUGUCUGUCGCUCCCCCCCCCCCCCUCUCUGUCUCCCCUCACAGUCCUGCCUCAAAGCCUGCUGCUCAACGCUUUAUUUUUGAUCCCGUUUCACAUGUUGCUCUGAAUAGGAUUGGAUGUCAGUGUAGCCUCUUGUAUGCCCUUUAUGUCAGGGAGUAAGUCGGUGGCGAAUGCACCAGCAACCCAGAGGCAUGAGUGGAAUUUAAAUUAUGUAAAUCCUCUUGGAUUUCAAAGAGAUGCUGGUUAUUGGUUAAAAUGCCGCCUUGUCAUAAUGUCACAUUGGUCCGCCACCCUUAACCAGAUCUGGCCAGCUGCACACACACAACUGCUGUAUUAGAGCAGAGGAAGAGAGAGUUGGAGGAACACCCAGCAUUUUCUCAGGCAACUCCUCAGGUGCUCCCGAACUGCCCCAUUCCUGAGCUGUCACUAUCACCAGUCCCGAGGUGAGCUGAGAUAUUGUCAGGUUAAUCAUUAAACUUCAGUGCCCAGCGCAGCAAGGUGACUUCAGAAGGCCGUUGGGAACCAGCCGUGGAACUGGGCCACACAUGGGAGGAGGGUAGAUGGGAACAGCGGGCUCCCGCCCCAAAAGGCAUCUGUGAAGCUUCUGUGACAAUCUGACCAGGCACUCUUCCCAAGGCCCGCCGUUUGCUUCAAGCUGCUCUCAAGUUUCAAGUUGGGCCUUGCACCAAUGCUGGUGCUCGCUGACUGGUUGGGACCGUCCCUGCACAUGCCCUGCCCUGCCCACACCCUCGAUGUCAAGCUCCUCACCAACCCCCAGACUUUCCCACCCACCAAGGCUCCAUCACGGUGCACAGUAACCACGCCCCCUUCCUGCACCCAAAACUCCCAAACACAUCGUCGACUUCCCCAUCCAAAGGAGCUCUCCUGUUGGUUCUGUGCUCAGAGCUGGGACCCAGGUAGGUAAUUUGGGAUUUUGCAGGUUUAAUUAUUCUCCGGUUGGAUUUUCAAUCUCUCGUUUCAAUGCACGACCCACAUACAACUUGAGAUUUCACUUCCAUCACCUCCAGGCUGAGUAUGAUGCAAAGUAAAUCAUUCUUCAAAGGGUAAAUUCAUCGUGAAGAAGCAAUUUUGUCUGCUUUUGCAGGGGAGGUAUGUUGUGCCUCUGGUAUUUGUAAUUCAUUCAGGACACCUGUGAUAGGACUCAUCAGAGCAGCUUUCACUUUCUACCCACGAGUAGUGCUUCGCUUGCACUCUCCUCCUGAGAAUGGCUUGUGUCCUAAAGAGGCACGGCUGUGGUGAGGCCACAUCGCUGGCUCCUGUCUAGGCUUGUGGCUCAGGAAAAUUAAAGCCAAAGACUGGGGUCAAAUGUAGUCUCAUAGUUUCAUUCUUCAGAUUGAGAAUCCUAGACAUGCAUCAACAUCAGGAAGUAGAAUAACUAGGGUUUGUUGAUGCCAUGUUUUAAGCUUUGAGGCUUAGUAAGUGGUGGGAGUUGAGGGGGGGCAGGGAGUGGUGAAGUGAUGCGAAGGUGCAGUUAGAUUGGAGCCUCCGGCCAGUGUACUCCAGUAGUGUUUGAAUGCUCUCUUUGCUCAAUGUCACUGUCUGACCUCUGCUCCUUCCAGCUGAUUUAACACACACAUACACACAUAUAUAUCUAUAUAUAUUCUAGAUAUGACCAAAUAUUAUUGUCAAUAGCAGCAUUUAUUUGCCAAAUUAUUACUUUGUGCUGUUCUGAGCACACUUCAUCACAAGCUCUGAUCUAUGUUUAUUAACUAUAUUACCACGUUACCGAUUGCUAACAAACUGCUUCUGUUAAUGGGAUUCAGAUUAUUUUUGUACAUCUUUUUAAUUGUUUGAUAUUGUCAACAACACUUGUGUGUUUUUCUGACAAUAAACUCAUGAAAUGCUGCUUGA